AGUGAAUGCGGGGGAGAGCAGAUAUAGUGAAUGCGGGGUCCGGGGAGACCAGAUAUAGUGAAUGCGGGGUCCGGGGAGACCAGAUAUAGUGAAUGCAGGGUCCGGGGAGACCAGAUAUAGUGAAUGCAGGGUCCGGGGAGACCAGAUAUAGUGAAUGCAGGGUCCGGGAGACCAGAUAUAGUGAAUGCGGGGUCCGGGAGACCAGAUAUAGUGAAUGCAGGGUCCGGGAGACCAGAUAUAGUGAAUGCGGGGUCCGGGGAGACCAGAUAUAGUGAAUGCGGGGUCCGGGAGACCCGGGGUCCGGGGGGAGACCAGAUAUAGUAAAUGAGGAGGAAAAGCAGAGGUUUGAGAGCUCACAGGGGACAAUACAAGGUAUGACCCCAUCCUGGGAAUAGUAUUUA